UUUAAUAGUCCCUAUUUUAUUCCGUAACUUGGGCUUUCAUUCCAUACUUAUAUGUAAACCUCGCAUCGUCAUUACCAUAUAUUGAAAGUUGGGGUGUUACAAGUCUACCCCUAGCAAAUAGGUUUCGUUCUCAAAACAUGUCAUACAUUAAAUAACCAAGGGUAAAACUCCUUCAUUUCCUUCUCGGAUUCCCAUGUGCCCUCUGAGCCUUUCCGGUGUUUCCAGUGGACUUUUACUUAUGGUAUAGCAUUGUUCCUCAAUCGUUUCUCUUGCCUGUCCAAUAUGCGACUGGUUCCUCAAUAUAAUUAAGCUUGAGCCAAAUUAUAUAACUGUCUUUUUGCCACAGGGGUAGGGCUGACAAUAGAUAUCUGUAUAAGACACGAUUAAACAUGUUUACUGAAAAAGUACACUACUUGGUUUUUUUACUUUUUUAAAAACUAAAUAGAAUUAGGAGGCUACGAUCAAUCAUUUCUUCUUCUUGGUACAUAAAACAUACAACUGUGUUAUAGACAUGAAAUGUUAAGUAGUUAAACAAGUUAUAUUCAUGUUUAAUACUUAUGUUAUUCGCGUCGUUAGAGACCUGUUAAACCCGAUAAGACACGAUUUACCAGGCCUAAUAGGGAGUAAAACGUGUAAUAGUUAAAAAAAGACAGGGUGUAAAAAGAAAUGGUAUAAUUGUCAUUUAACAUCACAACUAACAAAUAUGUGAUGUCAUUUAACAGCACGGUCCAACAUUGAGCCAAAUUGACAUACGCGGACGGGGUGUAAUAUAGCAAAAGUUUUAAAAUAGGGUGUAAAGUUGUUAACUUCAUUGAUAUAUGAAUGAAUUGUAGUUUACUCUUUAGAAAAAACAUAACAUAAUUUCAUUGAUAUAUGAAUGAAAUAUAUGAUAUGAUAUGAUAUAUUACUCUUAGAUAACGUAUAGCAUUAUACUUUUGAGUUUUGAGUAAUCUGAUAAUGAUAUUUCAAUUGAAGUUGUUAUAAAAUAUUAAUAACUUUUAGACUUAUCUAUAGUAAUUUUGAAAACAAAAAAUAAAAUAAAAAUCCAAUAACAGUGUGUGUGUGUGACAUCAAAAGAAGGUGGUUUCAACCACUUUGCAAAUAUAAAAUACGUGAAAGAUUCAAACUGUUAUAAAAACAGAGGUUGAGCUGAGAGAAGUAAUCGACAAAAAUGGCAGCCAGAAGAUUCUCCGGCGUUAUUUCCCGUUCUCUUUCUCUUCGUUCUCUUUCCUCUUCAUUCGUUUCUCAAGGAAACAGAUCCAGUUUGGGAAGAGAAGUGAAAGGAUUCAGUACUACUGCAGCACUUGAGGAACCGAUCACGCCACCGGUUCGUGUUAACUACACUCAGCUUCUGAUUGAUGGGAAGUUUGUUGAUUCAGCAUCUGGGAAGACUUUUCCAACGUUGGAUCCUCGUACAGGGGAAGUCUUAGCCAAUGUAGCCGAAGGUGAUGCCGAAGAUGUCAACCGUGCGGUGGCUGCUGCUCGAAAAGCGUUUGAUGAAGGCCCAUGGCCCAAAAUGACAGCUUAUGAGAGAUCGCGUGUACUACUAAGAUUCGCUGAUCUGCUGGAUAAACACACUGCUGACUUGGCAGCUCUCGAGACAUGGAACAACGGGAAGCCGUAUGAACAGGCUCUCAAAAUUGAACUCCCAACUGUUUCACGUCUCUUUCGGUACUAUGCUGGUUGGGCGGAUAAGAUCCAUGGGCUAACGGUUCCUGCAGACGGGCCUUACCAUGUGCAAACUUUGCAUGAGCCCAUUGGGGUUGCGGGUCAGAUCGUUCCAUGGAAUUUUCCUCUUCUUAUGUUUGCUUGGAAAGUUGGGCCCGCUCUUGCUACCGGCAAUACUAUUGUUUUGAAAUCAGCUGAACAAACUCCGUUAACAGCUCUUUAUGCUGCACAAUUGCUCCAUGAGGCUGGUCUUCCUCCUGGUGUUCUUAAUAUAGUUUCGGGCUACGGUCCGACUGCUGGUGCAGCUCUUGCUAGCCAUAUGGAUGUGGACAAGAUUGCUUUUACCGGAUCAACAGAGACCGGUAAAAUUAUUCAAGAAUUGGCUGCAAAAAGCAAUCUUAAGCCUGUGACGUUAGAGCUUGGAGGGAAAUCGCCUUUUAUCGUGUGUGAAGAUGCUAACAUUGAUAGGGCUGUAGAACUAGCACACUUUGCUCUCUUCUUCAAUCAAGGUCAAUGUUGUGCUGCGGGUUCUCGUACAUUCGUUCAUGAGAGUGUUUAUGACGAGUUUGUGGAGAAAGCAAAAGCACGUGCUCAAAGACGUAAAGUUGGUGAUCCUUUCCAAAAGGGCAUUGAACAAGGCCCUCAGAUCGACUCUGAACAAUUUGAGAAAAUUCUACGGUACAUAAAAUCUGGGAUUGAAAGCGAUGCCACCCUCGAAUGUGGAGGUGACAGAUUCGGGUCCAAAGGUUACUAUAUCCAACCGACUGUUUUCUCAAACGUGAAGGAUGAUAUGCUGAUAGCUCAAGAUGAGAUAUUCGGUCCUGUUCAAACCAUCUUGAAAUUCAAGGAGGUUGAUGAAGUGAUACAAAGAGCCAACGCGACGCGAUAUGGACUUGCAUCGGGUGUUUUCACCAAAAACCUUGAUACUGCAAAUACGUUGACUCGUGGAUUGCGGGCUGGGACCAUUUGGGUGAACUGUUUUGAUGUGUUUGAUGCUGCAAUUCCGUUUGGAGGGUAUAAAAUGAGUGGUAUUGGAAGGGAAAAGGGUAUAUACAGUCUUCAUAAUUAUUUACAGGUGAAGGCUGUUGUUACCGCAUUGGAAAAUCCGGCUUGGUUGUAAUUUAGUUUCUGGUUCUAGUACUACAUGUUAUUUUACUUUUGGCCCCUUGCGAGAAUAAGAACAAUGUAAACUAUUUACAAGAUAUGCAAUUUUUACAUGGCCCCAAGGUUAAGCUAUUUAGAUGUUACCUAUGAUAUAAUUUGUAAGAGCUACAAUCUAAAUAGCUUAACCUUGGGGCCAUGUAAAAAUUGCAUAUCUUGUUAAUAGUUUUAAUCAAAUCAAUAAUACUGGACUGGUAGCCGAGUAAGUUUGUUUCACA